AUGCGUCCAACAUCAUCAGCGCUGCUUCUCGCGGCUUCGUCGUCCUUUGUCUCUGCGCAGUCUGGCUACGGGAGCAGCAACAGCAGCAGCAACAGUACCGGCUCCAGCGCCUUCCCACCAUUCUCCGGCAACCCAUUCCAGAAGUAUGACUUGAGCGCCAAAGGCAUCAACGCGUCUUUCAUCCCGUACGGAGCGCGUCUGACAAACCUCUACGUCAACGACAAGUAUGGCAAUCCUCAGGAUGUCGCGGUUGGGUACGACGAGGGCACGCGGUAUUUGCAGGACUCUGAGACGAAUCACACCUAUUUCGGCGCUGUGGUGGGGAGAUAUGCGAACAGAAUCAAGAACGGCACCUUCACGAUCGACGGCGAGACAUCACACAUUCCCACCAACGAGCAUGGCGGCGAGAAUACGCUUCAUGGUGGAUUCGUGGGCUACGAUCAAGCCAACUGGACUGUCGUUUCGCACACCGGCAACUCCAUAACCUUCUCCUACUACGACGAGGGUCUAUCUGGCUUCCCCGGCGAUGUUCUCAACGUAGCCACCUAUACCUUGGCUGACGAUGCCUCCUUCAUCUCCCGCCUGGUCUCCAUCCCCGUCAACGAAGCCACCCCCAUCAUGCUCGCCAACCACAUCUACUGGAACUUGGGCGCUUUCGUCGACCAAGAGGCCUUGACCAUCAACUCCAGCACUCUCCAACUUCCAUACGCCGACCGUUGGAUCCCAACUGACGGCAUCCAAAUCCCCAACGGUACACUGGCCCUGACCAACGGCACUGGCCUCGACUUCCAACAGCCCAACAUCACCAUCGGCCAGAAUCUCCCAAACACCGAGGGAUUCUGCGGUACCGGAUGCACUGGCAUUGACAACGCCUUCAUCAACGACCGCUCCCCUUACUCUGCGCCCUACGACCCCAACCUGGAGGUCCUGAAGCUCUGGGCUCCCAGCACCGGUAUCCAGCUCGACUUGUCGACCAACCAGGGUGGUCUGCAGAUUUACACUUGCAUUGGACAGAACGGCACCAUUCCGGUCAAGCAGAGCCAGCAGCACUUGAACUCAACCACCUACGUGGGCAAGUUUGGGUGUAUCGUUAUUGAGACGCAGGAUUGGAUCGACGGCAUCAACCAACCUCAGUGGGGCCGUGAGCAGUACCAGAUCUUCUCGCCCACGACCGAACCUGCUGUCAACUACGCCAAGUACAAGUUCAGCGUUGUCGAGCCAUGA